AUGAGUUUAAUCGUUUUGGUUAAACCUAUUAUAUAUGCCCUUAUAAUAUGUUGUGAAUAUUACCAAAAUGAGGUGAAUAAGAGCGAACAUAUGUUUAAAAAUCACAAUGCAAUAAUUACACUGUCAUCAAGAAUUAAUAGAUUAUUAACAGAAUGUGAAGCAAUACCAAGCACGAAUCCUCUAAGUUCACAUCGUCGAAAAGAAAAGGAAUUCAAUACCGAAUCACAAAAAGGAGAUUUGGAAAUAAAUAUAAAUGAAAACGAUAUUGUUAAUUUAGAAAAUUAUGUAAAAGAAAAUAUGAAUAAUAAUAAUAUGAAUGAUGAUGACGAUGAUGAUAAUGAUGAGGUAAAAUUUGAGGAAGAAGGAUAUUCUGCGAAUUACCGAACAUACAGUAAACGAGAUCACUUAAUAGGUGAUCAUAAAAAAAAUCCCAAAUAUUUUUUGGGUAUUAAUAAAAAGAAAAUGAAAAAAUAUAUGACCAAUCCUAAUAUGCAAUCAGGAUUUGUUGGUCCUACAGCUUUUGGGGUGGGUUAUCCAAUUAAUCAAGGAUUGAAUCCUACCAACAAAUUUGCUGCUGCUGAGAUUUUUAAUUAUUGGUUAACCGGAUCUGCGAUGGUAUAUAUCGGCAAUCUAAUAUAUAACGCAUUUUUUAAGACUAGAAAAGUAAAUAUUUAA